CGCCCUCCCAGAGAACAGAUCGUUGCCCUUACUCAUUCAAUCGGAGCCGGAACUUGUUGCAAGCUCUUUCAAUGACCCGCCUCCGAUCACAUCAUACCAAAAUUAGGCACGUCCAAGGUGCUAUACCUUAGGUACUUGACUUGUUUUGUUUAUGUAGUCUGGCCAUCCCGUCUCCUGGGAUUACGCCAACAACUCCCUUGAUCCCUUCCCUUUUACUUUUUCUCCUUCUUUCUCCUCCACCUCACCCCUCGCACGUGCUAAAACACACAACCAGCCUUCUUGGAACGAAUCUUUACCGUUGAGCUCCCCAUCUCUUAAUUGUCUGUUUUUUUUUCUAGUCAAAGCGAGUUGCAUAGAAUCAUAAACAGUCAACUAUACAUACAUAUACGUGUCACAGUCAUUGCCGCGUAACCCCAACUCUUCCCGCACGAACCGUUUCUUUUUCGCUCUCGGACUAUAUACUGUCAAACGUUAUAGGGUUCUUCUCUUGCCCACUAGUGAAAAAAAUAAAAAAUCAACAGGCUCAGCAAAAGCCUGUGCCGUGUGAGCAGUUUGUUCCCACCAGAAGUCAUCCGAACAACCCGAGGGUCUCAGGUCACGAGACUCCCCCACCCCCGAGUCAAACAACAAAAAUCAGGGAUUCCUCCCUCUCAGGCUAGAGAAGGGGGAAAAAAAGGAAGGAAAAAAAAAGCCUACUAUUUAGGGCGCCUCCUUCAACAUGGGAGCAAAGGCAGGAAUAGCGCUAAAGACCUUGCAGUGGUUCAACCGGGGCGUCCAGUUCCUCUGCUCCGGUCUGAUCCUGGGAAUCUUUUCCUACUUCCUGGCAACCUUUGCCAGCAACAGACUCGAGUCGCCGACAUGGGUCCGUGCCGUCGAGGGCAUCAGCGGCAUCGCCGCCCUUUACUCGGGGCUGGCCCUGGUCCUGCUGUGCUGUCUCGCCGGUCGUAAAUUUGUCGCGUUCCUUGCCAUCGUCCUAGACGUUGCGUUCGUCGCUGCAUUCAUUUACGUCGCCGUGCAGAACCGGGCAGGGACUGCGUCUUGCAACAGUGGUGUAGAAAACACGCCAUUCGGAUCAACGACAAACUCGAACGCGAGGAUUUCCAAUAAUGGAGGCCCAACAUUUUUCACUGUUUGCAAGCUACAAAGUGCAUGCUUGGCUGUGUCUAUUGUUGCAAUUUUCUUCUUCAUCUUCUCCGCGGCAACGGAGGUUUUCCUAGCACGCCACCGCCACAAGGAGAACCGUUUUGGCCCCAGCCCGGCCAAUGACUACACGUCAGGCUACGGCAAGAAGAAGGGCUUCCUGGGCUUCCUCAAGCGCUCUGGGACGAACAAGACCAUGAACAACGAGGAUCCAAACGCCCUUCCGGCCCACGCCACACCGGCCGACAUGCGCGAGCCCGUCGACGCCCCAAGGGCCGCCGAUCACCGCGUCAGCUACGCAACUGAGACGACAGCCGUCGGUGACCAACCCGGAAUGACUCAUCACGCAAACGGUGGCGACAUGGGCGGCUACCGCAACAAGUACGGUGACGACGACGCCCUGCCCAUGAACCCGCCGCGGCCGCUGUACAACCCCUACGACAACAGGGCCUACGGGAGCAGCCCCUACGUCAACAGUACGCAUACCGCCUCGGGGAGUUUACAUCCGGGGAACAACUUUUCCCGUCCCAAGACUGCCGAAAACGGGGGUAGGGGCCAGAUGCCGAGGAAUUACCAAUACUCUGACGGUGUUUAUGAUGCAUGAUUUUGAAGCAAGUUUAAAAUUGAAAAAAAAAGCAAAAGUAUUUUUGACAGCGAGCUUGGCUAUGGAAGCCAAUGGACGCUGUGAACAGGACAUUGAUACAAACCAACCCAUGGUGUGUUUUGAAUGUUUGGCUGUCUGAAGGUUGAGAUGGUCAAGGUUGUACUAUUUUUUCCUGGAAUAAAAUCAAGUUAUGUAUUACGUUUUUUAAUAUAGCGAAAUUCACGUUUACAAUGAAUCCAUGGUCGUUGAUAUGUUCACAAGUAAAGCAGACUAUUUGGGGCACUCUCAACUGAUUGUGGUAUGUUGUAUCAGAGACAAAGUGCGGCUUUGGUUCUCGUAGUAAUUAAACAAAUCAUAUCGG